GACGGGAUGACGCGAGCCCCGGCCGUCCGGUUCCCAUCUGCACGCCGCGCCGCCGAGCUCAAGGCCUUUUUGGAGGACCCAGCGAACUUUGACACCCUGGCUAUGGUGUUUAACAGGUCGAGCAGAUUUGGAAGGCUGCAGGGAGUGAAGUGUGCGAUUGCAGGGAGGAACCUUUACAUGAGGUUCAGCUGCAGCACAGGGGAUGCCAUGGGGAUGAACAUGGUCUCCAAAGGUGUACAGAACGUGCUGGACUACCUCCAGGCUGACUUCCCUGAUAUGGAUGUCAUCAGCAUAUCAGGUAACUUCUGUUCUGACAAGAAGUCAGCUGCUGUGAACUGGAUCGAUGGCCGUGGGAAGUCGGUGGUUUGCGAGGCGGUAAUCAAGGAAGAAGUUGUGAAAAAGGUUCUCAAGACAAACGUACAGGCUCUCGUAGAAUUGAACGUGAUCAAGAACCUUGCCGGUUCAGCUGUUGCUGGAGCUCUUGGGGGUUUCAAUGCCCAUGCAAGUAACAUUGUGGCAGCCAUCUUCAUUGCUACUGGUCAGGACCCUGCACAGAACGUGGAGAGUUCCCAGUGCAUCACCAUGUUGGAAGCUAUAAAUGAUGGCAAAGAUCUCCACAUCUCUGUUACUAUGCCAUCUAUUGAGGUUGGCACAGUUGGUGGAGGCACGCAGCUGGCCUCACAAUCUGCCUGCUUGGACCUGCUUGGCGUCAAAGGUGCCAACAGGGAAUCUCCGGGGUCCAACGCGAGGCUCUUGGCCACGGUGGUUGCGGGUGCGGUCCUAGCUGGGGAGCUGUCCCUUAUCUCUGCGCAGGCCGCUGGCCAUCUGGUCAAGAGCCACAUGAAAUACAACAGAUCCAGCAAGGAUAUGUCCAAGACCCUUGCAGAGGAAACAGACAAACCCAAGAAAUGCUGAAUAAUAUCAAGUAGUUGUUCUAUAGCCCUUUGGGAGAAAAGGAGCAGAAAGGGUCGUACAGGAUGACUUUCUUGCGGCAUGCUCAGGUGGAAAGGGGGGAAAAAGACCUUCAGGCGAAAAGAGAUAAUUCAGUCGCCUUGUCAUAUUUACCAGGCGGUGAGACCUGUUGUGGAUCCUGGAGUAUGACCUAUUUAAUUUGUUGAUGUUGUUGUUAUAGUUCCUCUACCGUACUUGACCCCGUUUGCAUCUUGUUUUGACCGUCCCAUGGGCAUUGGAGAAUCUGACCAUGGGUUUUGUCCCAAGCUUGCAUCACACUGGGGGGACCUCUGCUUUGCGGCGGCCCCGUCUCAGAAAAAAAAAUUGCGCUGGUAACUGCCGGGUACUGUGUAUUUCAGCUUUGAAACUUUUAUCCAAUGCUUUUGAGUCGAAGAGUCAGUGGACUCGAUGAUGUGGUUGUAAAGAAAAAAAAAUGCUUUUGUGUGGAAGAGUCAGUGGAGUCGAUGACGUGGUUGUAAAGAAAAGGUGUGCUUCAGAACAAGAGUACAUCACGUUGCCUC